GUAGUAUUUAUUUAAAACACAAUAAAACAUGAGCUGAACGAACACUAUACCUAUAUCAUUUAUUUGUAAUGUAUACACUAUACGAAUAAUUACGAGACGCUCUGGUCAGGCGUUGGGUUCAACACUUCAGCUGUUGUCAAUCGUAAAUUGAAUCGUCGGACGUCGAUUGUAGCGUUGCAGCAGCUAAUACAAUUGACGAAAACAUAGAAUAAUUUCUCACCCACUCGAAACAAACCGAUAUCAUUGCAACCGCAGUCCGCUCUCCGUCAUCGAUCAUUGUUUUUUUUUCUACUUGUUCAGUAAACUUUGAUGUAAGCCGCACGAUCAAAAUUAAACCGCCGAAUGUCCAGAUCAAUGUGUGUAUCACAUCAUCUGCCCAGCUGAGAAGACUAUGCCAGAACUUGAUCAACAAAAACAACAGUGUUUAGUGGCAAUGGAAACGCUUGAUCGGUCGUCGCCAGAACUUUGGCCUGAACCAAUGCCUGGCAUGUCCGGUUUUGCACAACAUAUACGUGCAUCUAGUGCAACUGAUAAACAACCAUCAUGGAAGCAACCACCAGAUGCCCAUGAUAUGCUACUUGUACAACGUUAUAGUCAGAUGCCAUUGCCUCCACUCUUAGAUGAAUUAAAGUCUCUAUACGACUUUGCCUAUAAUUUAGGCUUAGAAGAAUCUAAAGAAAUGACACGUGGCAAAUAUUUAAAUAUAUUCACACGUAACACUAAUAAAUCCAGUGAUUAAUAUUGUAAUAAUUUGUACAAUCUAAAAAAGUAUAUUUUUAAUUUAUCUAAUCAUCUCAAUAAUUGUUUAACUUAAGCAAUGUGAUUUAACUUAAUAAAUAACAUUUGAUAUACUUUAAAGUUUUAGUGUGUAUUAGUAAUAGAUAAUAUACAUUUAAAAAAACCACUAAUAUUUUUUCAGUUUAAAUUUUAAUUAAUAAAUAAAAUAAAAAAA